UCAAUGUCUUUCGUAAGUUUCAUUCAUUCGUUGUCGUUUAUUUACGUUUACGUAAUUUUCAUGAGUUAGUAUUAAUGCGAUAUUGAUAGAAUUUAGUUAACAAAAUGUAUACGACUUGUACCACCAAUAAAUUACUUAUAAACGUGAAAACUAUAGCAAUGCGGACAGCACAGUUCUCUUCAAAACCUGCAGCUUCGGAAGUUCUUACUGCUUAUUUAAUUCAAUGCAAUGAACCACCGUGGACCUCCUAUUUCGUUAAGUACAGUAGUGUGAAGAAUGAUCAAUUUGGAAUGUCAAACUUCAAUUGGAAAGCCGGGAGUUCAAACUAUCAAAUAUUAAGGACUGGCUGUUUUCCUUACAUCAAAUAUCACUGCUCAAAGAAGAAAGCAGAAGAUUUAGAAAUAUCCGACAAAUUCAUGAGAGCUAUCAAAGUUAUUAAUUUUGGAAUACCCUGCCUGCUCUAUGGCCUAGCAGCAACUCAACUGAUAAGACAUAAAGAAAUAGUUCAUACUCCUAAGGGACCCGUCACAAUAUACUUCUUAUUACCAGAAGAUAAAGGAUCAAGCUACUGACUCUUACUAACUUAUAUAAUUUAUUAAAUCCUAGAUAAUACUUUUGAGUUGUGUAGAUUACUUGUUAAGUUUUAUUUUGGAACUCUGUAGAAAAUAAGCUAAAUCAUAAAA